UGAUUAGGUAAACAAGGAAGUCUGUUCAGUCUAAAAAUAAUCGGGAUACGCAUAGUCAAGGAUUGUUUAUAAAUGUCUUACUUGAUGUUUAUAAUACUGUAUAUAUAACAAGGACAGCAGUAAUCAAAAAGAAAGCGUAUAGAGACGUUGUCAUUCACACUGAUUUAAAGUUGCGCACGAAGCUAAAACCAUGUGCUAAAGUUCAAUGGCUUCAGACAAAGUCACAUUUGUGAUCGUAGGAGGAGGAAUCGCAGGAGUAACAUGUGCAGAACAGCUCGCAUCGCAGUUCCCAUCUGAAGGGAUUUAUCUUCUGACAGCCUCUCCCUUAGUAAAGACGAUUACAAAUUUCAAACAGGUUUCAAAGACCUUGGAGGAAUUCAAUGUAGAGGAACAGCCAUCCAGUGUUUUAGAGGAAAAAUAUCCCAAUCUUAAAGUCGUACAGUCUGCAGUACAACUGCUGCAAGUAAAGGAACAUCAAUUGCAAACAGACAAUGGACAGACUUUUCACUAUAAGAAGUUGUGUCUCUGCAGCGGGGCCAGACCCAAGCUUCUAACCCAGGACAACCCACACGUUCUGGGCAUACGAGAUACAGACAGUGCUCAGGAAUUUCAAAAGCGUUUAUCAAAGGCUAAGAGGAUAGUGGUUGUUGGAAAUGGAGGGAUUGCCUUAGAAUUGGUAUAUGAAGUAGAGGGUUGCGAGGUGAUUUGGGCGAUAAAGGAUAAAGCCAUAGGAAACACAUUCUUUGAUGCAGGAGCUGCUCAGUUUCUCAUUCCAUCACUGGAAGCUGAAAAGAAAGACAGAUCAUUGGCCUGCAAGAGAGCACGUUACACUACGGAAAAGACUGGAGGUAUGAGUUCACCAAAAACUGGCCAGAGUGGGGUUUUAGGAGAGCUUGGCAGUGCCCUGGGUCCGGACUGGCAUGAAGGGAUUGAAUUGAGAGGAGCAGAGAAGAGUUCCAGUGGGAUUCAUAUUGAAUACGAGUGUGAAGUUAAGAAGAUUUACACACAGCAAGAAUUUCUUCUGUCUGAUCUCAACACAGAGAAAUCUGAAUUAGGCAUGUGGCCAGUUUAUGUUCAGCUAACCAAUGGGAAGACUUACGGCUGUGAUUUCAUUGUCAGCGCAACAGGCGUGGUGCCAAACACUGAUCCAUUUCUUCAUGGCAACAAUUUUGAGCUUGCAGCAGAUCAUGGACUCAUAGUAGACGAUCACAUGCAGACAUCAGAGCAGGAUGUGUACGCAGCAGGAGAUGUGUGUACCGUAGGCUGGAAGCCCAGUGCACUUUGGCAACAGAUGCGCUUGUGGACUCAGGCGCGUCAGAUGGGCUGGUACGCAGCACGUUGUAUGGCAGCAGCAGUGCUAGAGGAGUCUAUAGAGCUGGACUUUUGCUUUGAGCUUUACUCACACAUCACCAAGUUCUUUAACUACAAGGUGGUUUUGCUGGGAAAGUUUAAUGCACAGGGAUUGGGUCAGGACCAUGAGCUUCUUCUUCGUUGUACUAAAGGUCAGGAGUAUGUGAAGGUGGUUCUGUCUGGAGGCCGAAUGGUUGGGGCCGUCCUUAUUGGAGAGACUGAUCUAGAAGAAACCUUUGAGAACCUCAUUCUCAACCAAAUGGACUUGUCCCGAUAUGGCGAACAUCUGCUUGACCCUAAUAUUGACAUUGAAGACUACUUUGACUGAAUAUUUGUUGCCUGCUUAUCACAGAGAGAUGAUUAAGAUAUACCUUAAAAUAAUAAAUGUCUUAUUUAAACACUUACCCCAUAUUUUAUUAUUUAGCCACAGACUGCAACUUUAAGAAAGAUUUACCAAAAGAUAAAGCACACUAACAGGCAAAGUAAAAAACAAACAAAAAAUAUAUUUAUUUUUUAACUUUUUUUGUUUGUUUUUGUACUGUUAAUUUUUUUUAUUCUUAAUUUAGAUGUGUUCUGUUCUCACAUCCUGAGCCAACUCGUAAUUUUGUCAUCUAAAGUUCAUUACCAACAAAACAUCAGUUUUUGGGUUGGAUUACUAUGGAGCCCCUAAGGGGACAUGGAGCAAAAAUUAAAUAAAGUUUAGUUUCACGUGCACACACGAUAGUUUCAAGUGCGCACGCGAAAGUUUCACGUGAGUACGCAAACCUAAACUUAAUUUUAAAUUCUGCACAUGAAAGUUUUACGUGAGCACAUGAAACUAAACUUAACCUAUGGAAUAAAUAGGGCGCCAAACUUUAAAUGGUAUUCUUCAAAGACAACUUGGUGUCAAAUUACACUGGAUACUUUUGUAUUUAUGUUAUGUUAUAUUAUACGGUAUGUUUUAAAAACAUUUUAGCUUGUCCAAAACUCACUGUUGCUAUGUUACUUUCACCAAUAUCAUUAUCAGCGAUACUCAAGCACAUACUCAGGAUAGAUCUGAUUGGAAUCAAAGAUCACAAAAAUCCUUGGAUAACGAGUAUCGUCUACACAACUAUCAUAUGUGUAUUCAUUUUCAUCAUCAUCAGGUGUACAAUAAUCACGGCUUCCUGUUUUGUACUUCCCAACAAUAACUCGAGCAAGCAGCAUUAUUUUAGUGCCCUGAGUGUUGAUUUCACUAUAAUUGUCAGCAUAGGAUGCAUGUUUUGCAAAGUAUGUCCCUGAAAAGAAAGAAACAUAUAUGUAUUGGAUAUAUUCUGUUUAAAAUAGCAAUUAAUAAUAUAUCACAAUUAUAUCACAACAAACCAUU